UGUUUGUUCACUCGCAGCCACACAGGUCUGUUCGCUGUGGGAGAUGGAGUACUACGCACCAGGCAACACCAGCGAUCGAUCCUGCCAGAUCGUUUCGCCCGUGUGGAUCAAGUUCUCGAAGAGGAAUCAGUACAACGAAAGCACAUACUGGAUGCUAGAGCAGCAGGUGACACAGGUCAUUGGCUACUAUUUGCAGUCUACGCUGCUGAGCUCAUCGCUGGCUUCG